CUCCUCUUCCCGGAGGUCACUCAGUGUGGAGGACAGGAAGAAGCUCAGCUGUUGUACAACAUGAUGUUCAGAGUAUAAUAACUCAUUCACUGGACUUUACAGCAGCACCAUGAGCAGCGGGGUGUGUCGCAGAGUCCUGCGGGCAGCCGGCUCCUGUCCUGCGGCCUCCUCAGGCAGCUGGAGCCGGAGCCGGAGCUGGAUCCUGUCCUCCAGCUGCAGACUGCGGACCUGGCCGAGCUCUGAACCCCGCAGAGGAGUGUCUGUGUCCGGCAGAGGAACCACCGUGAAUGUGUUCAACAGGGAGAUGAAGAAGAGCCAGAAGAACUGGGCAGCAACACUGCAGGACGGACACCAGUACGACUACCUGAAGGACGAGGUUGGCAGUCGAGUGGCAGAUCGGGUCUACGACAUAGCGAGGACGUUUCCUCUGGCUCUGGACAUCGGCGGUGGGAAAAGUCACAUUGCAGAGCAUUUAAGCAAGGAUUUUGUGGAGCGUUUGUUCCUGACAGACGUCUCAGAGAAAACUCUGAAACAGAGAAGAAAGAGUGAGAUCCCGACUGCUUGUGUUCUCGCUGACGAGGAGUUUCUGCCAUUUAAAGAAAACACCUUUGACCUGGUGGUGAGCAGCUUGAGUCUGCACUGGAUUAACGACCUGCCUGGAGCUCUCAGACAGAUCCACCAGGUGCUGAAGCCAGACGGGGUGUUCAUCGGGGCGAUGGUGGGCGGGGAGACCCUGUACGAGCUGCGGUGCUCCCUCCAGCUCGCUGAGACCGAGAGGGAGGGAGGAUUCUCCCCCCACGUCUCUCCCUACACCGCCGUCACAGACCUGGGCAACCUGCUGGGCCGGUCCGGCUUCACCAUGCUCACCGUGGACAUUGAUGAAGUUCAGGUUCACUAUCCAGGAAUCAUUGAAGUCAUGACCGACCUACAAGGUAUGGGUGAGAGUAACUGUGCCUGGAACAGGAGAUCACUGUUGCACAGAGACACCAUAUUAGCAGCAGCAGCGAUUUAUAAAGAGAUGUAUGGUAACGAGGACGGGUCCAUCCCUGCUACCUUCGAGAUCCUCUACAUGAUUGGCUGGAAGCCUCAUGACUCUCAGGCCAAACCAGCGAAGCGAGGCUCAGCUAACGUGUCGUUUGGGGAUUUGUCAAAGAUCAGCCAGCCGACCAACACAAACAAGCCAUAGAAGCGUCUGAGCUAAUAAACAGCUGACAUGCUGCAGAUUGUAAAUAAUAUAUUUUAUUUAAACAACUAUGUUUUGUUGCUGAAUUAAAAGCGUUAAGCGAUGUGUUGUAAUAUUACUGUCUGGAAUAAAGUUGGUGGAAACAGCA